AUGAAUAAAUUUUAUCGUUCUGUUUGUCAAUGCCGCCAUUUGCCAAGGCAAUUAUUGGCCAAACCUUUGCGUCUUCUAUCGACAACACAGAAUUUACGUUACAAGGAUCAGAGUGAUACAUUCACUAGAGGAAUAUUUAGCGGUAAACUUAAACUUAAUCAACUAUUUCCUUAUCCAGAUGCCUUAAAUGAUGAAUCGAAAGAAACAUUAAAGAUCAUGUUGGAUCCAUUUGAAAAAUACUUUUCUGAAGUUCACGAUGCCAAACAGAAUGAUAUCGCUGAGACCACAUUAGAAAAAGCUUUUUCUGUAUUUAAAGAAAUUGGAGGAAUGGGAUUUCUAGCUCCAGAGCAAUACGGCGGACUAGGACUUAAGAAUACACAAUAUGCUCGCAUAUUAGAAAUAUUUGGAAAAUACGAUUUAUCAUUCAGUGUCACCGUAGGUGGACAUCAAUCGAUUGGAUAUAAAGGUCUUGUACUAUUUGGCACCGAUGAACAGAAGCAAAAGUAUCUACCUGAUCUAGCUACGGGUAAAAAGAUAGCAGCUUUUUGCCUAACGGAACCUAUGGCGGGCUCAGAUGCUGCUUCUCUACGAACUAAAGCAGUUCUUGAUGACGAUGGUAAACAUUAUAUAUUAAAUGGUAAUAAAAUAUGGAUUACUAAUGGUGGCUUUGCGGAUAUCAUGACUGUUUUCGCUCGAGUUGUACGUAGAAAAGAAGAUUCCGAUGAGACUACUGAAGGCAUAACAGCUUUUAUUGUAGAAAGAGAUUUUCCCGGUGUGACAAGCGGUCCAGCGGAAAAGAAAAUGGGAUUAAAAUCGUCUAAUACUGCGUCUAUUUAUUUUGAUAAUGUCAAAGUUCCGGUCGAGAAUAUGAUAGGAAAAGUUGGAGAAGGAUUUAAAGUUGCUAUGAAUAUACUUAAUAACGGUCGAUUUGGAUUAAUUGCAGUAUCAUCAGGAUUAAUUAGGAUGUUAGUUAGCAAAACUAGCGAGCACGCUAACAAUCGGAUUCAAUUUAAUCAAAAAUUAAUCGAAUUUCAAGUAGUUCAAGAAAAACUAGCCAAAAUGGCCAUGGCUCAUUACGCAGUUGAAUCGAUUGCUUACAUUCUUUGCAAUAACAUGGAUCGAGGUAUAACCAAUUUUCAGCUCGAAGCCUCAAUGAGUAAAAUAUUUGCAACAGAAGCGGCAUGGCACUGUUGCGAUGAAUGUAUUCAAGUUUUAGGUGGAAAUGGAUAUAUGAGAGAUAAUGAAAUUGAACGCCAUCUACGAGAUAUUCGGGUAUAUCGUAUUUUUGAGGGAGCCAACGAUACUUUAAGAGUACAUAUUGCGUCUGAUGGUAUCUAUUCUGCCGCUAAGAAUAUGAGAGAGAAUCAGAAAUUACUAAAUGAGUUUGGAUCUCAAAAAUCGGUUACAGAGCCUCAUGGCAAAAAAUUAAUUGAAGCUGUUGCCCCUUCUUUACGUGAUUCUGCAAUAAAAGUAACAGGAUGCGUUGAAGAGUUUGCAUCAGCAGUACGAAUUUUACUACUUAAGCAUGGCAAGAAUAUUGGCAAUCAACAAUUUUUGUUGACACGUUUGGCAGAUACCGCAAUCGAUUUAUAUGUCAUGACUGCUGUACUAGCAAGAGCUACCAGCGCUAUUAAUCAGGGCUUGUCGACUUCAAAUCAUGAACAACUAUUAGCGACUACAUAUGUAACUGAGGGCUGUAGCCGCGUAGAAAGAAAUCUUCUAAAAGUUAAAAAUCCCGAAAAUUUGACGACUUAUGCAGCUUUUACUCAAAUUGCCAGCGAAGUUAGUCAAGACGAUACCGUAGUAACCGCUCGUCCGUUAGGUUUCUAG